CCUAAUUUCACAUUCCUCUCGUUCUUCGAGUAGCUUACGACCAUCUCUUUCGUUAACCACCGUCAUUAUGGGAAAACCGAGUGCUUCCCCGAUUCCCGGCAUUGCCGGAAAUAGCUCCGAUUCAGAUGCCGUGUCACUGCACACUCAGCCUGGCGACCGUGUGUACGACGACGAUAUUUCGGAACUGCAAUCAGACAGCCUCCCACCCCUCUACGCAGACAUUGAAGCCGACAAUGCUCCCCUUCUUCCAACCAUCCACAAUCCUUCUUACGUCCUUAACACCCUGAAUGACGGCGCCGGCGUCCGCAUUGUGGAUGUGAACUCGGGUGCCGAGUGUUUCAUCAAUCCCCGCCUCGAUAGGGACCCAGAGCUCUUGGAGCGUCAGAUCCAGCUUUCUGCAAGCAAACCGCCUCGACCUUCAGUCCGGAUUCUUGGUAGGCACAGCCAAACGGUCAAGGAGAACGGCAAGUCGGAGAAGAAGAUCCUCACGGACUUCGACGUCUCGGUCGAUCUCACGCCGUAUCUCUUCUCAGACGCAACGAGAAAUGUGUCGUGGACGAAACUGCGCACCGUUGAGAACACCGAGAAAACGUGGCGCGGCACUAUCCUGCGGAAACGGGCACCCGGCGUGAAGCGGGAUCUUGAGGUUUCCGAUCCGAAACCGACGCUGGCUGAGUGGUGCCACCGGUACUGUGCUAGCCACGCGAGGGUUAAGUCCUUUACCCUGCAUCGGCGCGUUGUUGGCUUCGAUGAGGAAAAGUUGAAGCAGAAGCUAGAGGCAUUGGUCCGCGGCACCAACUACCGGGGAACAGUGGACAUUACCUUUCCUGUCAGGGAUGCCUAUGUCCUGGUCUACAAUGACUGCAAGAUCAACAGGUGGCGAGUGACGCCGUGGAUUGUUUGGAUGUGCUACCUCACAUUCUUGUGGCUCAUAACCUGGCCUCUCCUCUUCUUCCAGACCAAAAGGUUCGAGGUGGCGGUCGCCGAGUGGCCCUUUUCGGUGCAAGAAGCCGACGGCAGCAAACGCUAUGUCAGCAUGUCGGAAGAUCAUAUCUACAACCUCUGGGGCCGUGCUAUCAGCCGAGCAGUUCUGGACAAGCGGCAGGGCACUUUGGAUCAGGAAGACCUCAUCGCCUCGCAGAUGGCACCUGCUGAGCCAUUUGCCAACGCCCUCCAAGGCGCGCCCAGAUUCCUCAGAGAAGGAGUCAACGCCAUAACGGCCAUCAAUCGCCAGCUUGGCUGGGGUAGGCAUGAUCAUUGCGCAUGAUCAUUGCUAGCUUCACAGGGACCUCUGGGCAUGGAAGCUGUGAAAGUCCUGGGUAUCCCCCGAUGUUUCCUAUUUUUCUCAUGUUGCUAUCGUUUUCGGUCUGCGAAGCAAGCCAGUUGUCGCGUCUUCAUGCACGUCGUCCACGCUCAUGCCGUACCUUAUGUAGUUGAAUAGCACCCUGACUCCGUUGAUUCCCACGUUGAGCCUGAAAUCCCGCUAACCUUCAUGACACGGACCUCUCUCUCUUCAAAAUGUUCAGCGUCGGCCCUGGUCUGCAACAAUUUCAGGGGCAUCCCGCCCAUAUCCCCUCAAACGGCUGGCCCAUCAUCUGAACCAAAGCACGUCAUAAUAGCGAGCAG